AUGGCUGGCUCCAGGAAUUAUGAUUUUCUCAUCAAACUACUCCUCAUAGGCGACUCGGGUGUAGGCAAAUCGUGCUGCCUGCUGCGCUUCAGCGAAGACUCGUUCACGCCCUCGUUCAUCACCACCAUCGGCAUUGACUUCAAGAUCCGCACCAUCGAGCUCGACGGCAAGCGCGUGAAGCUGCAGAUAUGGGAUACCGCCGGCCAAGAGCGCUUCCGGACCAUCACCACGGCGUACUACAGAGGUGCCAUGGGUAUCCUGCUAGUUUACGACGUCACGGAUGAAAGGAGCUUCAACAACAUCCGCACAUGGUUCUCCAACGUCGAGCAACACGCCACCGAAGGCGUCAACAAGAUCCUCAUCGGCAACAAGUGCGACUGGGAAGAGAAGCGCGCCGUCUCCACAGAACAGGGCCAGGCCCUCGCCGACGAACUCGGCAUCCCCUUCCUCGAGGUCUCGGCCAAGAGCAACAUCAACGUCGACCAGGCGUUUUACAGCCUCGCCGGCGAUAUCAAGAAGCGCCUUAUCGAUACUGCCAGGACGGAUCAGACCGCCGCUCCCAAGGUCGAUGUCAGUGGGCAAGGUGACGGGAACGCGGGUAUGGGCGGGAAGUGCUGCUAG